CAUCAUAUAUUUAUUUCUCGCGUAAAAUUAAUCCCGUGAAAUCUCGUUUCCUUAAUUCGAGAAGCGUCGCCAUCUUUAAUAUUCGUUAAUCGAUAGCGUGGCCUUGUUUAACUGUAAUUUCCUAUAUAACUAGGGAAUCAUAUUUGCAUUUAUAUAAAUAAAGUGAUUCGGAGUACGAGAACUACAUUUUGGGCUGGAUUUCUGAGGAUGAGCGAAGCUCUUAUUGAUGAAAAUAAAGAUGAAAUUGAUGCUGACUUAAAUUUCUUAGACAAUAUCCUAGACCAUCAAGUUGACGAAGAAUUUGAAGCAGAUUCCCAAAAAGCAAAGAAACAUUCAAAAACUAAAUUAAACGGAGCAAAGAAAAGAAAAAGUGAAGGCACUAUGGACGUAGAUGGAGAGGAAAAGGACAAGAAGUUAAAGGAUAUGGAACGAAGGAGGAAACAGUUAGAAAAGGAAAAUAAAGAGCGAGAAGAGACAUUGCGGAAAUUAAAGAUGGAAGAGGAGCUUUUGAAAAGUCCCGAUGGGUUGAAGGCAAGUUCGAAGAAAUCGGACAAGUCAAAAUCCCCUCGAAAAUCGGACCAUGAUGAUGAGGUCAAUAUGGACCUUGGAGAUGACCUAGGGGGUGAGACUAUUAAGGGUUAUGACACCAGGAGUGAAGCUGGGAGUGGAUUCUCCGAGAGCAGCCUAUCAGAAUCUGAAAAUGAUGAGAAGCCAGAGGGAAACAGGAGCCGUGCGGAUAGCAACCGUAGUAUCUCCCCCAUAGCUUUUCCUGAGAGAGAUGAAUCAGAAGAUGUUGCUGCAGCUGAGGCAGAAAGUAAACCUGUAGAGGAGUCCACUUCUAAUGUAACUGCUGGUGUAGCUCAAGGUCGCUAUUUGAAGUACAUGUUCCGUGAUGCCAGGUUUUACCUCAUCAAAAGCAACAACAGUGAGAAUGUUGCACUGGCCAAGGCUAAAGGAGUCUGGUCAACCCCACCACAAAAUGAACAGAAACUCAACAAUGCCUACAGAGAACACAAGAAUGUUAUCUUGAUCUUUUCUGUAAAAGAAAGUGGAAAAUUCCAAGGCUAUGCACGUGUAGCAGCUCUCUCAGACAAAGACCACCCCCCUAUACGCUGGGUCCUCCCCCCAGGCAUGACAGCUAGAGCUCUCUCGGGAGUCUUCAAGCUGGAUUGGAUCAACAGGAGAGAAUUGCCAUUCACUAAAGUUGGACAUUUGCGCAAUCCUUGGAACAAUGGAAAACCACUGAAAAUUGGAAGAGAUGGACAGGAUAUUGAGCCUUCAGUUGGAGAAGAAUUGUGCCGUUUAUUUCCUGUGGAUGAGAACAUUGAGAUAACAACCAUAGCACGUAAAGCUAAACAUGCUAAAGCAUUAGGGAGAGACUAUGGUAGAGAGCGAAUGAAUAGAGGCCAUGUAGAAUAUAGACGCAGGGGCCAUGACAGACGAGGUGGUGGUGGGAGGAGUGGUUAUGCUCCAAGCAGAAGAGACGACCGAUAUGAUCCAUACCACGGCAGCAAAGACAGACGGCGAGAUAGGUCACCACGAUCAAGCUACUCAAGCAGGCCAUCCCAUGAUGCAAUAUUAAACGGGUCCUACAAUGAUUACCUGAGGGACUUUGCCAGGACUGGUAUGAUGCCCCCCUCUGGACCACCAGGAUAUGGACCACCUCCCCCCAGUUAUGCCAUGGACCCUAUAUAUGGCUAUGACAGGCCCCCUCCACCCAGAGACUCCUAUUGGACAUCUCCAGACAUAGCCAGCCAUAGGCGAACAUCAGAAAAAAGGUACGAGGCAGAUGUUGAUGAUUUCCUGCGUCGUACAACAUCAUCUCAUAGUGGACAUAGCAGUAGAGAUCGCAGUACAAGAGACAGGGACUCUAGAAGAUAGCAUUCAACAAUACACGCAACAUAACAAUGUCAUCUAAUCAUAUUGCCUCAUAGGAGUUUCAGACUGGUUAUUGAAUGUUUGACUCUUGACAUGUAAUUCUAUAUCUCUAGCUCGUUACAAGAUCAACAGCCCCCAGGGCCUAUGGGCUAGUGUUUUUGUCACAUCUAGUAGUGUACAUAGGAUUUAAGGCAGGACAAUAGUAUGACGUUAAUAUUUUAACAAUGAAGAUACACUGAAAAGAUAUUACAUUCAAAUUGUUUCAUUUUAGUUCCUCCAGAUU